GCAUAACUGAAACUCUUUCCUCCUCAUCUGUGGUUUAUGUAGAUUCUCUCAACGACAACAACAAAACAAGUCAACAACAACAAAGGAUAAAACCUCUGUGUGUGUGUUCGUGGGGUUUCCAACCAAAAAGAAGUUGUUGAUUCAGAACAAAAACGGUCGCCGGCGUGUUCUUACGGUAGUAUAGGUCUUUUGUCUUUGACUUAAUCACCUCACCUCCUCCAUCAGAAUCAGAUAUUAAUAUAUUAUCAUCACUUUAGAACAAACUAACACGUAUAUUCUAAACUCUUCAAUAUGUUUUCUUCGUAAUUGUUAAGUAAAUUUUUCUUUUUGACUUUUUUGUUAAAUUACAAAAGUAGAGUAUCAAUAUUAAAAUAUUAGGUAAGAACUAGUAAAACUUAGGAAGUGGGGGGUUUUGUCACAAAAACAAACAUACCACUUGAACGACGACGUUUUUAGGAGCCGAGGUACUCAUCUAGAAUCAGAGAGUUCUCCCGUCCCGCCACAAUCCCAAUUUCAGAAAACCCUAAUUCCCCCCUUCCACCAACUACCAAGUAGCAACAUUUGUGAAAGUAGCAACCUUUGUGUAAUUUUGAUGGACUCUGCGCUAAAACCCAAAUAAAAAGGUGUUGUAACUCUUUGUUGAGAUAGAUCUAAGAUCUGUCACUAUGAGUAGAGAUAUAAUAAGUGGUCUACCAGAAGCUCUGCUUUGCCACAUUUUGUCAUUCCUCCCCAUUGAAGACUCUGCUUUGACUUCACUUCUCUCCAAAAAAUGGCGCUAUCUCUUUGCUUUCAGACCAAAUCUUGAUUUCGAUGGCUCCGUAUAUCUAAAACUUCCCCAAGAACUCUUCGACUACAACGAAAUGGAUCGGAUGAUUCGCUGGAGUUUUGUAGAUUUCGUGAAUAGAGUUUUGGAGUUGCAAGGGGAUUCUACUGUCAACAGGUUCUCUCUUAUGUUUGGACAUGGCGUUGUUCGUUCGGAAUUUGUCAAUGAAUGGAUAUCAAACGUGCUGCGACGUGGUGUUAACGAUCUUGAUUUACGCAUUAGUCUACACGAGGGUCGUCUGCCUUCAAAGAUCUUCGAGAGCAAGUCACUGGUUAGGCUGAGGAUAGAAUCUGGAAAUGUUUACGGCAUUGAUUUGGAACAUGUUUCUCUUCUGAAGCUUAAGACUCUCUACCUUACUAGAGUUAUGUUAGGAGACUCUGGAGAUUGUUUUCACAAGCUUACAUCUGGUUGCCAUGUCCUCGAGGAAUUACUUCUCAUUAGAGUUUACUCCGAUUUGUGGAACCGCUCUCUGUCUUCCAAUUCUCUCAAGAGACUAACGCUACAUCCUUGUGGUGAAGAAUAUGACCAUAAUCCAGAUACUGUUUCGUUUGAUACACCAAAUCUUGUUUAUUUUGACUACUCUGAUUAUAUUGCACGCAAGUAUCCAAAAGUGGACUUUGGUUCCCUUGUUGAAGCUACCAUCGAUCUUGGAAUGACACGUCAUCAGUAUGCACAUGCAAACUAUGAAAAUUUGGUCGGCAAUGCAUCAGAUUUACUUAAGGGAAUCUGCAAUGUUAAGAUCCUUUACUUAUCUGCCAGCACUCUUGAGGUUCUUACUUUCUGCUGUAAACCAGUGCCGGUAUUCAACAGCUUGAUUCAUUUAACUGUGGAGACCCAUAAUAACGUAGGAUGGGAAUCACUGCCAACUCUACUCAAGAAGUGCCCCAAUCUAGAAACUCUUGUAUUCGACGGAUUCCACCACAAAUAUACAAUCAAAUGCGGGGAUGUUGACGGGUGCCUAUGCAAAUUUUCAGGGGAGGUUCCUACUUGCUUAUCAUCAAGUCCAGUGAAGGCUUUAAAGGUACUGAGAUUUGGUGAAACUGGUAUAGAGAAUCAGAUAGAGCUGAUCAAGCACUUCCUAGAGACAAUGCCACGUCUUGAAAAACUGACAGUACAUUACGAUACAUCAAUAGAUGAUGAUCUGAUUAAAGUGUCAAGCCAACUUAACAACUUUGCAAGAGAAGCUUCACCAAACUGCGAGAUCCAUGUAAUCUCUGAUCGCCUCCUCAACUAAAACAAGAUUCUCCUCUUCUUUCUGCCUUUUGUUCUUUAGUUAUUGUGACUUGUGUAUGGUCGGAUUAUUUUUCAUAUUGAUUAUCUUUUUUUUGCU